AGCCUUAAUUGAGCACACAAGCCUGCAAAUGUAUGUUGUACCAAUGAACAUUAUAAACACGUUUUUUUCCACACGAUCUCGACUUUUAAUCCAGUAAUACUUUUCCUUUUGCAUGAAAAGCUGUGAUCUUAGCUUAUUUUCGGCAAACAUUACAAGUAUCAUCUCAUAAAGAUGUCCAGAUAUUAUCAACCAAUCAAGAUUGCCCAUCGAGUGUUUGAAGCUUCUGGAGGAAGUUGUUCUAUAUGCCCUUACAUUCUUUUGCAUGGUUUGAUGGAGAACAAGGAAAAUUGGAAAGCUAUACCUCAACUUUUGGCUGACGUAACAAAGAGGAAGGUUUAUACUUAUGAUGCUAGAAAUCAUGGCGAAAGUGAACACUCAAUGGAUUCCAAUUUUGAUAACAAUAUUUAUGAUCUAUAUCACUUCAUGGAUAAAAUAGAGGUGUAUCGAGCUGUUUUAGUGGGUCAUAAUAUGGGUGGAAUGACUGCUAUCCAAGCUGCCUUACAGCAGCCCGACAGAAUAGAGCAGGCAUUUAUUGUGGACAUGAAUGUUGAGAAAAUGCCAUGCGAAAGAGUUAAUCAAUAUUUAGUAUACAUGAAAUCAUUAGCAGUAAAUCUUCGUUAUGUUCCUGACGAUCUUCCAAGACCAAAUAUGGCAUUAGUUCGCUAUCCUCCCUCCAAUGAAGAAUUGAAGAAUAUGGAAUAUUUGAAGCGAUCCGUGUUGACUUUUAGAUGUUUGGCCCUAAUGGAUGCCCUCGUGCAAUACGAGAUAUCACCGACUAUACCUCAUAAUGGGAUGUAUAAUGACCCCAUUUAUUUCAUUUAUGGUACCUUUUCUAAAUAUUUUGCGAAAGACCAUACAGUUAGGAUAAUUGAUAACACAAUUCGACACUUCCCACUCGCCAAAUUUCAUAAAUUCUGGGGUCCCACAUCUCAAGGAGUCUUCGAAGCACCUAAUGAAUUUGUUGAAUUCAUUGCUACAAAGCACCUGAACCUACAUUAGGAGAUUUCUUCAAGUUUUAAAAUAUAUGUUUAUUCAAACAGUGAUUUUAAUGGAUGUAUUUUCAUUGAACAAAUCUUAUACUUCCACUGUCUUACUUUUAAAACAUUUAUUCAUUUUAAGAGAUGUAUAGUAUUCUAACUUGUAUGUUCAAAGUAAUUAAUAAAUUUUAAUUUCGAUGUUA